AGUCGUAACUGGUCGAGGUCAUGAAUGUUGUUAAGAUAAAUGGCGUGAAGGUUUACAAUCUAACAGCGAAUCGUUCCCUUCCAGAAUGGGCCUCGAAGUCUGAAAAGCGUAAAAGGAAGUCAGAUAUGGAAUUAAGUCGGCGCAUUGAACUUAUUCAGGAAUUAGAAAUGCCCGAUUCAACCACUUAUUUAACUUGCUCACCAGAUGGUCAGUACUUGUUCGCUCUAGGACGUUAUAAACCUAGAGUCAAAUGUUACGAACUGUCAAAUCUUUCAAUGAAGUUUGAUCGAUGUCUUGACUGUAUGCCAUAUAAAAUGGUGUGCCUUAGUGACAACUACUCCAAGUUUGCCUUACUGGAGGAAGAAAGAUGGGUUGAAAUUCAUGCUGCUGGGGGACACCACUUCAAGUUUAGAGUUCCGAAACAAGGUGUGGAUUUGGAUUAUUGUCCUUACACGUGUGAUCUUUUUGUUGCCUCAUCUCGCAACCAUAUAUACCGAAUGGAUUUGUCCGAAGGUCGUUUCAAAACAUCUCUAGUCUCCCAACGUUUAGAAAACUCUAGUCAUGGAUUAACGGUAUGUAGCUUUGAGAGAAAUUAUGGUUUGUUGCUUGGUGCGUCGACAAUAGGGUGUGUUGAUGGUUGGGAUACUAGAACUUCUGAGCAUGUAUUUGGUCUGAACGUAUGUGAAUACGCGCCUACACCAGAAGAUAUCCAGAAUAAAUGGCGAUCAACUGCUGUAACUUGCCUGUCAUUUAAAGACUCGCUCAACGUCGCAAUAGGCACGGGAGACGGGAUGGUAUACAUAUACGACCUUCGUCAAAAUCGUAAGCCAUGGCACGUCCGGGACACAGAAUACAGGGAGCCUAUCAAAUCCAUUCAUUUUCAUGAUGACAAAGUGUUAGCAGCCCUGCGCUACUGCUGUAAAAUAUGGUCAGUGGAUACUGGCAAGAUAUUUGUUGGUUUCAAUAUUGGUCCUUCAGAUUGUAAUUCUAUGUAUCACUUUCCUAACAGUGGAUUACUCAUGUUUGCAUCAGAGUCUCCCAAGAUUUCUACCUACUUUAUCCCACUGCUUGGAGAGGCACCUUUCUGGUGCAGUUAUUUAGACAGUCUUGUGGUCGAAUGCGAACCAGAUGUUACAACUAUGUAUGACGGUUAUAAAUUCAUCACUCGUCAACAGUUAGCAGAUUUGGGAAUGUCAGAGCUCAUUGGAACUCAAUUUUUGAGAGCUUACAUGCAUGGAUAUUUCAUUUCUGCAAAUCUGUACAACAAAAUACAAGAUCAUCUGGGGAUUAAUCAGAAAUCCCUUACCCAAACAGUCAAGCUUAACUAUCCUGACAACGUACCUAAAACUUCAUCGCGUUCUGAAAAUAUAAUUGCAGAGUUUAACGAAGCCUCAGCCGACCAGCGCUUUUCCAAACUCUCAGAUAAUCCUAAGCUUACAUACAGUACUGUAGAUGGCGAUUCAGAUCUCAUACAAAUUCACCAAGCAAGAUUGGAAAAGAAGCGCAGGCGUAAAGAACUGCGGAAAGAACGAGCUGCUCGAACACAGGCUUUGGUUAAUAAAGCCUCUGAUGUGCAUGUAUAAACCUCAAAUGUUUUGUAUGUAAUUGUGUAAAUAAUCUCUGCAAUAAGUUAUGUUCUCAAAAUUUUUCCGUGUUAUUAGUUGUAUUUAGUUCGCCUCAUAUAUUUUUCAGCAUGAAUCGAGGUCGACGUCGUGGUGGCGGUCCGAACUUAUCAGGUCUUCGUGAUGGUGUGAAACGUCGUCUAUUUGAUCCCCACUCUGUUCCUACCAAACCUGAUCCUAAGUUCGAGGUCAGCCGUUUGAUACCUUUCUCCGUCCCUAAGGUUACGAUUAACUCAUCUUUAAGCGAUUCCAGCGCUAACAACAAUCCAGACGUAGUAAAAGAUGAUAUCGAUAGUUUACAGAUAAAUUUGGUAUGUAUAAAAUUGCUAGAUCACUUCCAUGUUCUUACAUGUAAUUGUAAAACCUCCAGUUGUUUGUCGGAUGUAAUAUUUAUGUUCACAUAUCAACAUGUGUUCUGUCAUUCGUGGAGUAGUUUGUUCUCGAUACGUGAAUUACUCAUCUUUGGUUCCUAGUCUCAUUGUUACAUGGUUGUAUGUUCCGUACCAACCUUAAAAUAAAUUUGUGCUCACAACUGUUAUUCAUAAGGAGAUAGUCUUCAGUUAUGUUAGCAAACAACAGUUCUCUUACCCUUUUGAUGAUUGCAGUUCGUAGUCAAAACUAAUUAACAACCUUCCUUUCAUUAGUAUUGUAUGAUGGUUAUGUUAUGACCUGGGAACUGCCUAUAUUUCAAUGUCAGAAUGCUUAAUGUCGGUGAUGUAAACAUUGGAAGGACCGAUAACACCAUGUGGGCUUUUAUCAUCAUUGCUGAAACUGCACGUAUUAUUCUUUGCCUGAGUAGUCCUUAAACAUACGUAUAAAGAAUUAAAAUGUCUUCAGAUUCAGAUGUCGGUUCUGGUUUAGCCCAUCAUUUUUAGAUCAAGAUUUAUCAUAUAACACGAAGAAAACUAUCUCUUAGUUUUAUGAAUAUCUUAGUUCAUAAUUCAGGGUGACCAUCCUCAGCAGUUCGCGUGUGCAAACUCUCAGAUAUUUGUGCUCGAGUGUGCUGUAUAUUUGCCAUAGACUUAAAAUCAUUGGUCUGUUUAGACAGUCAGAGUGGUUAGAUACUGGAUAAUUUUGGAACUAGUUUUAUACCUCCUGUUGAUCGCCACUAUUUAUUUUAGGAUUAUAGGGUGAACUGGUUGAUUUACUUAAGUUCUCAUUGUACCCAUUCGAUUGAAUCCAUUGUAAUUUGUUAGUGACCAAUGACUUAUCAGCAGAGAUGUAUAGGGCUUGGAUAUCUUUUAUGAGACGUCCCGGUAUAUCAGUGAAGAACUGAAUUUAGUGUAGAAGAGAAAUUUGGCAUUCAGAAUUAAAAUGGAUGAAAAAGUUACAAAUAACUUGUUUAGUAAUCAUGAGAAGCUUGCUGAGUUCAGGGGACGAACUAAAUGAGAAUGCUAUCAUCCACCAAAAGAGAUAACUGCUUGAGAUCUAUAGCAGUUGCACAGAGGUACCCGUAUGGGAUUUCAAUAUAUUUAGUAGAUUUAUAUGCAGUAAAAUCUUAGCUGCACUUAGUCUAAUUAGUGCUUGGUUAGAAUUUAACAGACGAUAGGACGUUAGGGAACGCUCACUGAUUAAUAUAGCUCAAAUGUAUCACUGCAGUAAACAAGUCAUCGCAAUGUAAAGGUAGUAGCUGUUUGUUGAGAAUCAGUGAUGUAAUUAAAUUAUACGGCAGUCCCUUUUAACUCAUAAAAACACUCCUUGGGGAACACUUGAUAGCAUUUCAACUGAUUUGCUACUUAAGUGAGAUUAAUUUAUCAGUCCUGGCUUGGCAUCAGUUCAUUAAGUAAUUAACAUCUUAUUUGAGUCUUAAGCAACGGCUCUAAAUCUGUUGCAGUGUAGUAUAUACAUAUUUCCUUUAUCUUGAAAUCCCAGAUCUUAAUAUUAUUCUGUACCUCCUGUUUCUCGACUUUACUUACUAUUUUCGAAUAAUCUUUCUACUGCCAUAAAGGCUACCAUUAUUUCUACGUCUCAUGCUAGUAGUUUCCUCUUCUACUGAUCUAAUGUAGUGCUUGAGCUAUACUGAUGCACAUUUAUGCUUGGUCAGUCAUUCUUUACUGAAUGACUAAUCUGUAUUUCGUAGUCCAUCAGUUUAGAUCUACCUAUGGAAUGCGUAGUCAAGAAAAUCAGUGCAUUAAGAUUUCUGGUUUUAAUCACACACUUUAACUAUUCUCAGGGUUAGGGAUGAACUAAUUAAGUCUUCUGCGAUGAUAAGACGCUGAAUGUUCCAUUGCCAUGUAAUAAUAACGUACUCACGACCAUCCAUAUACCUCAAUCAAUUUUUUUGAACUGCUCUCUUACUACGCAGACUAUGAGAAACAGGAAAAUGAUUUGGUUCAUCUGAUUCUGUGGUUAGUUGUUUGGUCAAUGUUUAUACUUUCUUAAGCGCCUGAUAGCAGUCGUAUAUAUUUCGAGUCCGGUCAUAUUUUGUCAGGACCUUGUACUUUUGAUACAGUUGUAUCCUGAAAUUGUUCUCUAUGGUAGGGUUUUGUUGUGCAUUAUUUUAACAUGUCGGAGGCUCUUUGCACAAAUACGUUUGAUUACGGUAUGUAGCUACCUUCUUAUCAUCGUUAAAAACCAAAAAUAAAGUUAGUCAGUUACUCUAUUACUUUUGAUAGGCCACUUUUCUGAGAUAACUUUUAAAGGAGUGCUUUAGUGUUGUUUUAUUACCCAUAUCCAUUUGUUUUCGAAUACGAGAAUGAUUUGAUGUUGCCGUAUGCUUGUACAUAUUCUUACCAUUGUGUGACAUGUUACUUAAGAUCGACUCAUGUACUCGGAACUAGAAACAAUAACAUUAGUGUAGAUAGUGUACGUCUACAAAACAUUGGUUUUCAUAUGGUAGAACCCACAAUAUCCAAGUACUAACGAAAACUCUUCGAUUUCCGUUACUAAGUGAUCCAUUUAACAGUUUGAUCCCUUAACUCACUCCAUACAGGGUCAAUUCCCAAUGCUCUCAACCACUAACAGUAUUCGAAUUCAUCCAUCUGUUUUGUACACAUGACAGUCUACCAAACGGCUGUUUCAACUAGUCUAGUCAGUAGUUGUGGAUGUUGAUAGUCGUUUUAUGAACACCUUUGGUGACAACCUUGUAUUUCAUAUGUAUAUAAAAGAACACUUCUAAAUAUUGCUUUAUGAUUAGACUUUGAUUACUUCUGUAUCAUACUUUCUUAUAAAUUCAGCUACAAACCCAAGACAUACUUUGUCCACAUUUAUAAAUCUUCAAAAAACCUCUGGAAUUCCUUGUUAACUGAAGACUUUUUGUGUUGAUUAGCUACGUAAAUAUCUCACUUAAAGUCGAGAUUAAAAGUUAAAGAAUAAGUGACUUUUAAUUGCUAGAAUUCUCUGACGUUCGUUUUCUAGGUAACUAUACUCAAAGGUUUAUGUAUUGGUGAGACUUUAAGGAACAGAGCAAAUUGUAACUAGAAAUUAGUAAACCUUCCGUAGAAGUGUACGCAUGUUUACUCGUGUAAGUACAAUAAUUUAGUUAUAGCGAGACCUUCGGAUUAUAGAUAUAUUUUAUGAUUGAAGUAUACAGUGACAAAUUCGAUAAUGCAUUUUGAAAUAUACUGUGUUAUAUAAAAUUUUGUCUUAUCUUGUUAAUUUAGUUUGAAAUAACGGCCAAAAUGGAAGCUGCAUUUCGUUCUGGUCCAUUUUAUCACUCAGUUCCAGAGCUAUCAGAAGGAAUCGAUGUAUCGUCUUUAUUAUCCAGUAACAGCUUAAAUCUCAGAAAAAAAUCACAAAAUAUGGUAUCUCUUUUACAUCUUCUGGUCUCUCAUGAAAUUAAUCAGUGGUCUGACGAAGAUAUGAACAUAAAAGAGCCUGAGGAUUUCUAUCCCAAAGAACUGAUUUCUCGAACCCGAAUCAAUUUAAAAAGUAAUAGGCGUGCCACGCGAAAAUCAAAAUUGGCUUCUCGACGUAGUAAGCAGAAUUACUGCGAUAUUGAUCAAGUUAUAACUGACAGUUUUAUCCAACAAGUCACUGAAACUCUCCCAGAAAAUGACGAAGAUGUAGAGAAAAUCGAUGUAAAUAAUAGUGAAAAUGAAGAUGCAGAUUCAGAAGAUGCUCGGUGGAAUGGUGAUGUUAAUCAAAAUGAUGAAAUUGAUGAACUUGAUGAUGAUGAAUUUGAUAAUGAUUAUUGUCAAGAAUAUUUCGACAAUGGUGAAAAAGAUUUUAGUGAUGAUGGUCUAGGUGGUGAUGAUGAUGGAGGAGGUGCUAAAUAUUAUGAAUAACAAAUUUCCUUAAAAAAGUUUUCUCUUUGUUUAUAUGAAACAAUUUAUUCUUUAUAUAUAGAUGCAUGUAAAAUAACACUACUUUCACAUUGCAUUAUUUCCAAAAGGUCAAUUACGAUUGUAUAUUUCUAGAUUUUUUCAUAUGUACCAUUUGUAAAAAUCAAAAGAGAUUUUCAAGAAAUCAUACAUUGACAAACUAUCUAUAUGAUUUUAUUUUUUUAGUCACAACAUGUCGUUAUCGACUUGUAUAACCUUAAUAUAUACUAAGUACUUUCUAGUGCAUUUCCAGGUGUGAUGGUUUCAAUAUUGGUUUUUAAGGACUAAACAUCAGGUAAUGUGCUACUUUUAGCAACAGUUAUGCAGUGAGUUUUGUGCUAGUUAAGAAUUUUGUAUUUUCAAUUCAUCUUUUUAUGCGAUCAAGUCCGGUGCUUUAAUACAACAAAAUGCGCACUACUCUUUUUAGCCCGUAUUUCAAUUACAUUACUUUAGUCUCUAAAUUAUACCACUAGGACUGCAUUUUUAAAACACUAGAUAUGAUUCAUUGUGAUAUGUGCACUUAUUAUAAGCAAGGGACAAUAAAGUGAAAUAAGUUAUUUAGUGGUAAUACUUGUACGAUUGGUAAUUUGGAAUGAAGAAUCUCGUCAUAGGCUUUCCACAAAGAGUAUGAGCGAAAUUGAUUCGGGACACACUUAUAACAAUGAAACUGUUCAUGAGUAUUUAUUACAAAUACUCAUUAUUUCACAGGAAACGAAUAUUUAUAUUUCAGAGGUUAUUGUAGUCUCUCAGCAAUUGUUUUAUGUUCAAAAUUAAAUUUAGAUAUUGGCUUCACAUAUAUAAAGCCGGUACUACUACUACUACUAGUAACAAUAAUAAUUAUUUAAAAACAUAAACAUUGGUACAAGAAGGCACCAAAUACACAUGCGCCACAAAUCAUCCGAUUUGUAUGAUGUCCGGUAGCCCAAAUCGAAGCAGGUUUCCAUUCAACCGAAGUUUAUAAAGUGCUUCACAUUCGUUUGCAAUCAAAUGUAUUCUGAAAAUAUUUAAUGUUUUUCAAAUAAGUAUAAAGCAUACCCGUAAAUAUAAUCAAUUUCCUCUCAAACAUGUUACUACUUCGUUCGAUUGAUGUUCUCCUAUCAACUAUGUACCAGUAAAAUGUUACAAUUGUAUAAGCUGAACUUUAUUAACGAAAAUUUAGGGUAAAAUCACAGUAAAUAAGCGUAUUCUUCUAUUUCGAGAUAAUAUAGCUGAAAAUUUUAUUUUCAUGAAGGGGAAUUAAGUUAACUACGCUUCCUAUC